UGAAAACCCACGUAAAUAACAAUACCUAAUUAUUCGAAAUCAAACCAUACCUACAAUUUUUUCCUAAAUAAUUGCAACACCUAACAAAUUUACGGUUCCGUUGGCAUUCUUACUAACCUGUAAUGUCGAAAAGUAUUCAAAUUUGGAUCGCGAAACUGCUUCUACAUUCGCUGGAAAUAUUUCAAAACCAAUCGUUUCGUGCAGUGUAUUCGGUAAUAGUGACGAUCUUCUGUGCAAUUAACGUUUUAGGUAGUAUUAUCGGAUUCUAUAAUGUUACGGAAAUCAGUGACAAAAUCUUAGCCUUCGUGGCAAUAACGGCUCAAUUAAAUGGUAUACUUUUGUUCGCCACAGUGUUCGUAUAUCGUGAAAAGUUACUCGUAUUAUUUGAUAAAUUGGAAAAAGAACAGGAAAACGUUGAUGCAGGGCUUGAUCGAGCAGAGGUCAUCAUCAAGAAAAAGCUUGUAAUUUUAUUUGCCGCCAUUUUUCUGGCUUUCAUGAUCUACCUCCUACCUCCGUUAAUUUUCAAUCUUUUUGCCGAGAGUUUCAGCAAUAAGCAGUCAUCGGUGAUACCUUAUUGUUAUUCAUGCAACGAAAAAAAUUCGAACAAAAGGUUCUGUUGGGAUAUUUCUACUUCUACUAGCACGACUGUACAUGCUGUAAAUUUGUACCAAGCUAUAUCUCUUGCCACGUACAUGUUCGCGUAUAUUUUAUCGUUCACGUUAUAUGGACUCAUGGUUGGCGAACUUGAAAUUCAUAUGGAAAUCGUAGGCAGAAAAGUGGAUCAAUUUAAUGAGGUAGCCAACGAAACGGAUGCGAAUAUCGAUGAUAUGCUCAAAACUAAUUCACAAAUUGACGACACUGAAGACAGAUUGCAUCAGCAAUUUUUGCUAAUUAUUAAAUACCAGAAAUUUUUAAACGGAUGUGUUGCUGAAGCAUUAGAUUUGUGGAAAUUAUACGUGAGUUACUAUUACGCAAGUGCCUUCGUCGAUAUCACAGCUAUACUUUAUGGGAUAAUUACAUUGGGUUCAGAUGAAAAAUUCCUUGCAAUUAGAGGCAUGGGAUUAAUCGUAGGCAGAGUACUAAUGGCUUUCACCAUUGCUUAUUAUUCGCAAAGCAUUUCAUAUUUGAAUGAAGAUUUUCUGGACAUAAUGGCGAAAAUUCGAUGGUACAACAGGAGAGUAAAAUUUUGCAAAACUUAUCAUCAAAUGCUGACUUUUCAUCAGGUUCCAAACGUAAUGAAACUGGCAGGAGUCGUCGAACUGAAUUUGAGCUGCUUCACUCGUCUAAUGAAAAAUGUGUAUACUGUCGUAAAUUUAAUGUAUUUAAUGUUCGCGAAAUAAAA